GGGAAGUUUCACGACCCAGCUUUCCAACUUCGAUUUUAUUUUCACCCAGACAAAGCCGAUCUCACGAUGGUCGGGGUAAAGCGCUCAGUGGACGCAGGUGACGACCGCAAGGGAAAGCGGACGAAGACGAAGACCCCGGUUUCUGCGCCGACGAAGAAGUCCAAGUCGGCCCCCGUGAAGACGUCCAAGCCCGAGUCGAAGAAGGCCGAGAAGACCGGAAAGUCGGACAAGAAGGCCUCGAAGAAGAAGGCGCAAAAGGAGGAGUCUGAAGACGACGACGAUGAGGACGACUUUGACUUGGAUGAUGUUGACGAUUCGGAGAUUGAUGCCCUGGACAACGACGAGGAUGAUGAUGUUGAUAUGAAUGAUAUCGAGGAGGAUGCUGGCUCGGAUGAAGACAGUAAGGAGGAGACCAAGAAGUCCCAACCCGCCAAGUCCGCCGAUGUGGAUGCUCAGAAUAAGUCCACCUCCCGCGAAUCGCAUGCGAAGCAAAAGGCUCUCCUGCAAGAGCGCAGGGCUGCCAGGCCCAACGCCGACACGAUCGCUCGCUCGAAGAAGCUGUGGGAGCAGCUGCGUCGCAAGUCACACGUUCCUCUCGAGGAAAGGAAGAAGCUCAUCAAGGAGCUGUUUGAAAUCAUUACUGGACGGGUCAAGGACUUCGUUUUCAAGCACGACUCGGUCCGUGUCAUUCAGACGGCCUUGAAGUACGCCAACCUGGAGCAACGGAAAUUGAUCGCAACGGAACUUAAGGGCAGCUACAAGGAACUUGCGCAGAGCCGAUAUGCCAAGUUCCUUGUCGGAAAGUUGAUCGUUCACGGAGAUGCUGAGGUCCGUGACUUGAUUGUUCCGGAGUUUUACGGACACGCCAAGCGACUCAUCCGUCACCCUGAAGGAUCCUGGAUCCUCGAUGAUAUCUACCGGUCGGUGGCAACGAAGGAACAAAAGGCGAACCUCCUCCGCGAGUGGUAUGGUCCGGAAUUCGUCAUCUUCAAGGACGAGAGGGAAGGUCCUCCGUCGGCAGACCUUUCGAAAAUCCUUGAGGAGCACCCGGAGAAGAGGGGCCCCAUUAUGCAUUUCCUCCACGAACUCAUCAACCAGCUGGUGCAGAAGAAGACGUCAGGUUUCACGAUGCUACACGAUGCUAUGCUGCAGUACUACCUUAACACAAAGCCGGGCAGCUCUGAGGCCAAUGAGUUUAUCGAGUUGCUGAAGGGUGACGAGGAGGGAGAUCUGGUCAAGAACUUGGCUUUCACCAAGUCUGGCGCGCGGGUGAUGGCUCUGAGCCUGGCAUAUUCGAAUGCUAAGGACCGGAAGCUCCUCACUCGUUUCUACAAGGACACCAUCAAGAUGAUGGCAGGUGAUGCUCACGGACAUAUGGUUCUCUUGGCCGCCUACGAAGUUAUCGACGAUACCAAGCUCACCGCCAAGAUGGUCUUCCCAGAACUACUGAACCAGGCCAUGGACGCAGAGUCCCGGAACGACGAGCUCCUUUAUCAAGUGACCGACCUGACAGCACGUAUACCGAUACUGCAGCCCUUCGCUGGAGAUCGGGCCAAAUGGCUUCUACCCGAAGGGGAUUUGGAGUUGUUGAAGGAGAUCCGCGAGAUCCGCAAAGAGACAUCGAAGAAGGAGCCCGAGAUCCGACGACAGGAGCUGGUCAAGGCUGCUUCUCCCGCGGUGCUUGAGUUCAUUGCCGCGCGUGCAGAGCCCCUCCUCGAGUCGAGCUUUGGGUGUCAGUUCCUUGCCGAGGUACUGUUCAACGCCGACGGUGACAAGAGCGCUGCCCUGGCUGCUGUGGCGGAGGCCGCCAAGACCAAAAUCGAUACCCCAGAAUCUCCUUUCGUAGGCCGGUUGCUGAAGUCUCUGGUCCAGGGUGGACCGUUCAACCCGGCUGAGAAGAAGGUCGAGAAGGUCGAGCCAGCGCUCGACUUCCACGGCCUCUUGUACGAGCAAAUUAAGGAAGAGACCAUGUCGUGGGCGACGGGAUCGAAUGUGUUCGUGGUUGUGGCCCUAGCGGAGUCGGAUGACUUCGAGAAGAAGGGCGAGCUGCUGAAGACGCUGAAGAAGGGCAAGAAGGCCCUAGAGAAGGCCUCCUCGGAGACAGGAAAGGAUGGCAAGAAGAGCAGCCCGGUCGCCAGCGGUGCGAAGCUGCUACUCGAGAAGAUCCGGUAGAAGCGAUUCAUUUUCAUUUUUACAUACAAUAGCACAGGAUAGGUGGCAUUGUAAUAUUAGCUGGUUCAGUACAAAAGUAUUCUUGGG